AUGUCACAAUCUGUACCCGGCACAUCAGAACGGAAAUCUGAGACAACCCAAGGGAGAGUCGAGGAAACAAAUACCGGACGCCUUACCGAAAAUGCUGAGAUGGAAGAUUCAGAGGAGAGAGCGAAGCAACAGGAGACGUCGGAAAUCAGAGAUACAGAAGACUAUGUCCCUCAAGAUGAUUCUUCCGUGGAAAUUUGUGUCGGCAGUUCAGAUUCUUCUUCCGGGGAACGCUCUGUCACCGGUUCGAUAACAGGUCAAGAACAAGCCCGGAACCCAUAUCGGACAGUUGAAGUUCUCCUGCUCACGUUCAAAUAUACUGAUCUAGAUUUAAGGAGGGAAACCGGAGAUGUCUGGGCAGCAUUUGUAUCUCUGGAUUAUACAGUUACAGUGUAUGAAAUCCAGAUGACAGAGUCCUUGGAAAAACUUCAGGUUGCACUUGAUAAGUUUUUGAAGAAGGGAAACAACGAGACUUUGCUCAUAAUUUAUUACCAUGGUCAUGGUGGACUUGCCGAAAGGAACAGAUUUGCGCUCCACAAUCAUAAUUACCCUGAGAGUACGCACGAGCUUUGGAGCACUAUGCUUAACCUAUUCAAGAACAAUAUGACUCCCAAUGACGUCAAUGGCUAUCUCCGAGACAGAAACGACCCAUACCAACCCAUCGCCCAAAUCUGCUGGACGGAUAUUAGCGGAGAUAUUAUGAUGGCAGAGUGUGACACGCUAGUCAUUCUUGACUGCUGUAACGCCGGAUUGGCUGCAGUGAUAUCUACGGAGGACGAGGAUGAUCAAGAUGAUGGCAGUGACAGUGAAGACAUCCACAAUGAAGAUAACGACUCAGCGGAUGGACGGGACAAUAACGCGGAUCGUAAGAACAACUCUGCCGACGACGCGAACCACCUUGAAGCGCGGAAGGAACUGAUAGGAGCUUGCGGUUGGGGUGUCGGUACCACAAAUCACAUGAGCCCAGCAAUGUGCACGGUUUUUGAGGACCAUCUUCGCACACCAGGCUCUAACAUGUCAACAUUUAGGCUUGUUCAUGAAAUGAACAGAAUCUUGGUGCGGAAAUCUAUCUGCCCACCUGCAGGCAAAGAGCCUGCGGAUAUUCCUCAGGCUGUCCAUUACGUACUUCGACAUCAGCAGCGUGAGUCUAUGAGAAGGGUCCGAGCGGGUAAGAUUGUUCUCCCAGGUGUUCAGCGAUAA